AUGAACGAUCAAAAAUAUACCGAGAAAAGUGAUCCAGACCAAAGACUCAGCGAAUCUGGUGACCAGACACCAGUAAACGUCGGUCAUGGAGCCCAAAUUGCGAUUGAAGUGCCGGCUGUCAACAAAGAAGGAAUCAAGCUACAUCCACAGCCUACAUCCGAUGCCUUAGAUCCCUUGAACUGGUCAAAGUUUCAGAAGCAUGUCAUUCUUGCAAUUGUUAUGUUCAAAUACUUUUUGUUUACCUACCUUACGACAACCACGGUUCCCUCCUUCGCGGAAAUUCAAACUCAAUAUCAGAUCAACUACGCCCAAGUUAACUGGACUGUGGCUAUUCCCGCCCUGGGUCUGUCAGUUGGCCCACUGAUAUGGUCUUCGUUGAGCGAUAUAUAUGGGCGAAGAACUAUCUUCUUACUUGGGACCAUCAUAUCGUUGGUAUCAACAAUUGGUGCUGCAGUCGCAGAUACAUACUCGGGCUACAUGGCAGCGCGCUUCUUUCAGGGAUUUGGUGUCAGUCCUGCAUCAACAGUGGGAAUGGCUGUCGUGAAUGAUUUGUUUUUCGACUAUGAGCGUGGACAAAAGCUUGGCCUCUGGGUUUUGGCCAUUGACUCUGGGCUUCUUCUUGGACCAACUUUUGGCGGUUUUUUGAAUGUCGUUAGUGCUCAAUGGAUUAAUUGGUUCAAUGCCAUAUUAUUCGCGGUGUUGCUGGUGCUUGAGUUAUUAUUCAUGCCUGAAACUCUCUACCCUCGUCAGCAGAUGUUGCUUAAUGAAAGCAUCGUGAAGUUCAACGAGCAGAAUGUUUCUGAGAACGAAAAGCACGAAGCCGACAAAGAAGCUGUCACUCCCCAGGCAACAGUUCCAGCUGAGGUAUCAUUCUCAGACCCACCCCGGACACGGAAGCUGCCUUUCGUCAACUUACGACCUGUACCGGGUAUGCGUCACCCUAAGCCGUGGGAUUCGAUUGUUAGAUUUGCUCUCACUUUUCGGCUGCCUGCAGUGGUGAUUGCAGUCAUUGGAUACUCGUUUCUCUGGUACUGGUGGGUUUUAUCAGUUAUUACCAUGGUACCCUCGGCAUAUGCAACCUACAGUCCACUUAUACAAGGUUUACUGUUUAUUGGUUUGUUUUUGGGGACAAUCCUUUCGGAAAUAUGUUGCUCUGGAAGUCUGAGUGAUUAUAUUGUCGCAAAGCUCUCGAAACAGAAUGGAGGCCAUCGAGUCGCCGAGAUGAGGCUGUGGCUAGCAUACCCUGCUAUUCUUGUUACUGCUGUUGGGUUGAUUGUCUGGGGCGUCAGUCUCGAUCGAGAUUACCAUUGGAUCGUCGGCCAGAUCGCUUUCUUCCUAUUUGCUGCCGGCAUUCAGGUAGGCAACACGGUUGCAAGCAGUUACAUUGUCGAUGCCUAUCCUUUGCAAUCGACAAGUGUCAUUACUUUCUAUGCAGUCUUUCUCAACUUGAGUGCAUUCAUCAAUCCAUUCUUCAUUGCUUCUUGGCAAACUUCCAUGGGAUGGACCUGGACAUUUACUACGCAAGCAUUGAUCGUCGUUGUGGGGGGAGGAUUGAUGAUAGGCGCGCUUCACAGAUACGGUGCAUGGAUGCGGGAAAAGGCACCCCAACCCUCGUGGGUAAACCCUGAAUAUGACAUAGGU